GAAACGCAUGCAGAGCAACAUGGCGGACCUUUCAGAACUCGUGCUGAAAGCUGUCGACAGAUCUGAAGGAAUAGACACGAAAGAUAUAGCUACACAGUUAGAUGUAGAUCACCAAAAAGUCGUUGGAGCUGUUAAAAGUUUACAGUCAUUCGAAGGUGUAAUCAAUGCAGAACAGUCUGUAGAAAAAUGCUGGCAAUUGACGGACGAGGGAAAAGUGAUCGCCAAGCAAGGGAGUCACGAGGCCCGUGUUUACUAUGCUGUUCCUUCAGAGGGAGUUGCCCAGGCUGAAAUAAUGAAGUCUGUUCCAAAUGCUAAAGUAGGUUUUAGUAAAGCUAUGCAGAAUGGCUGGAUACAGAUUGAUAAGAAAGCAGAAGGCGGACCUAAAGUUACUAAGAAGGUUGAUAGUAUCAGUGAUGCUGUACAAGAAUGUCUGAAGAGGGUAAAUCAGGGUAAAGAUGACAUGACAGAUGCUCAGAAAGCCGAGUGUAAAAAAAGGAAACUCAUCACAGAGGUGAAGCUUACAAGCUACCAACUCAGAAAGGGACCAGCUUUUUCAUUGACUGUACAGAAACAGGAAGUGGACUUAACACCAGAAAUGAUACAAAAUGGGACAUGGAAGGAAAAGUCAUUCAAGGAGUACAACUUUGAUGCAUUAGGGGUACCUCCCAGUUGUGGACAUCUUCAUCCCCUGCUCAAAGUCAGAGCAGAAUACAGACAAAUUUUCCUUGAAAUGGGUUUCACAGAAAUGCCUACCAACAAUUUCAUUGAGAGCUGCUUCUGGAACUUUGAUGCCCUUUUCCAGCCUCAGCAACAUCCAGCAAGAGAUGCUCACGACACUUUCUUUGUCUCGGACCCCCAAUUCGCUCAUGAAUUCCCAAUGGACUACUUGGCAAGAGUAAAAAAAGUUCACUCAGAGGGCGGAUAUGGAUCUCAAGGAUAUAACUGUGACUGGAAAUUAGAAGAAGCCAAGAAAAAUAUUCUACGGACACACACAACUGCUGUCAGCAGCCGAAUGUUGUAUAAACUAGCCCAACAGGAGGAAUUUAAACCUGUUAAGUACUUCUCCAUUGACCGAGUCUUCAGGAAUGAGGCAACAGAUGCCACUCACCUGGCUGAAUUCCACCAGAUUGAAGGUGUAGUUGCUGACCGGGGCUUGACCUUGGGUGACCUUAUGGGAAUUAUCAAGGAGUUCUUCAAAAAAUUAGGCAUUGAGGAGAUUUGUUUCAAACCUGCAUACAAUCCAUACACUGAGCCAAGUAUGGAGAUUUUCGGCUACCAUGACGGACUACAGAAAUGGGUUGAGCUUGGAAACUCUGGAAUCUUUCGCCCAGAAAUGCUCUUGCCCAUGGGAUUACCUGAUGAUGUGUCAGUAAUAGCAUGGGGACUGUCACUGGAAAGGCCUACCAUGAUAAAGUAUAAAAUUGAUGACAUCCGGACACUGAUAGGACCAAAAGUGGAUCUUCAGAUGGUCUACAAUAACCCUAUAUGUAGACUGGACAAAUGAAAGGACUUGAGACCACCAAUGUAGAUAACAUUUUAAUUUAUAAAUCAAUAUUACGCUAUUAUCAAUAGAUGGCAGAUAUUUACUAUCUCAGCAGGACAAGACCAAAAAUGUGCUGCCAAAUUUUCAUUCAUGCUGACAGUUAUUAGCAUUUCCUCACUUUACGUAUUUUGGUCGGAUGGAAUGCUGGGUAAUUCACACACUGGUUUGUGCAAUAGAAGUUAUAACACCAAGUAAGAAUCUGUACAUUAGUAUUGAUAUGAACUUCACGGUGGAUGGAUUCGAUUGUGCUGGAUAUUCAGUGAAUGACAAGAUACACGAGUCAAAAGACUCGGUGCCUCAUGGUGUCCACUUAAACACAUAGAUAUGAAGAUUUUGUAUACAAGCAGUAAAAACAGCAGAUUUAAGGCAAGUUGUACAAACAAAGUAGAAAGACAAGUGUUUCUUUUUAUUUCAGCUGUUUUAUUUUACUGAUGUUUGAUUUUCAAAAAUGAAAUGUAUUCCUUUUUCAUCUGAUUAUCAAAUAAAUCUCAUAUGAACUAUUAUACUAUAAUUGUUGAAUUUCAUCUGUACCAUUCUAGUAAUUAUAUGCAUAUAUGUUUUAUAUACUGAUAGUUUGUCCAUCUCCAUGCCCAAGUAGAACUAAAGUUCAGUGGUUGAUAGCCAUUUCAGAACACAAGUCAGUUAUAUGAAUAAGGACUCUGCAAAUUAAUCAAACAUAAGAUAUACAAUAGGCCUAGUGGACCUGUAUCACUUCCUUACAGCUUAUGAAGACAGACUUUCUGAGAAGACUUGGUUAAUGCCAUUCUUAGCCCAUCAUAAACUGGUAGGCUCUUCAAAUCGCCGUACAGCUAUGGUCCAUGACCUGUCCUUUCCUCUGUUUACAACCUUGCUAUUGCUAUUCCUUGAGAAGUACUGGAAGGCUAUAUCUAACCAUCUUUGCUUGCCAAAGGUGUUUCUAUACGAUAGUAUUGAGCACCCUUGGCUAGCCAAGUUGAUAUCAAACCUGAUGUGUAAAUUCCCUAGUUGUGCCCAUCUAAUUUUGAGAAUGACUGAGAAAACAGAAUGGCCUUUCACUGUGAAGGUAGACAAAAUCUUUUCCGAACAACUCGUUCUAAUAAUUCUUAUCCAAACUUUUCAAAACUUCAGAGGUCAGCACCAACAUAUACACUGAAUUAGUGUCACUGUGCCUAUGUUUUGAUCUGCUAUUUUGUCCACUUUUGUCAACUACUUGAGCAGAGUGGGAAUUGAGUUGGAAUGGUGAGGUUGGGGGUUAUUAGUCAACCAUCCUGGUGAGUUAUAAGUAUUUGCUUAUUAGGAUAUAACUUGUGAUGGGGCAGAAGUCUUUAUACACAUAUUGAGGGUCCUCUACAAUGGUAAAUACUAUCUCAGCUUGGAUCAUGGAAGUAUUGGACAAAACCACCGAGUCCUUCAAACUCUAAAAAAGUCUAAAAAAAAACUUGCCAUGAACAAGAAAUAGUGAUAACAAAACAUCAACUGUGAAAAUCUAAGACAGAUUUUGCUUUCCAUAUACAUUAUGUUACUCUAAAAUGAACAGACGCAACAAGGGACCAAUACAAGGGAAACCUACACAUCAAUAUUGAGGAGUAUCCUUCCAGUACCUUUCAAGAAAUGCUGAUAACAAUCUUCAACUGUCAAAAUCAAAGAUGGCUUCCUGUUGGCCAUUUUGUUUCCAAUUUAGACUCAAAAUUAAAUGGACAUAGCUAGGGAUCAAGAACAACCUACAUGAGAAGUUUGAGAACAUUACUCCAGUAUACUUCUCAAGAAAUACAAACUUCAACUGUCAAAAUUCAAGAUGGCUGCCUGUUGUCCAUUUCGUUUACAAGAUCAGAGUCAAAAUAAAAUGAGCACAAUUACAGAUCCAUGGGAGCAUACUGGUAAAGUUUGAGAAAUAUCCUUUCACUUCUCAAGAAAUGAUCAUAACAAUCUCCAACUGUCAAAUUCAAAGAUGGUCGCCUGUCGGCCAUUUUGUUUUCCGGAUGUACAAUGGCACAGACCACUGACUAAGGAUGAUUUGAAGAGUCCAUCAUCUAAUUAAGGUGGGUUAAUAAAGAUAAGAGACUUUUAGAUGGAGUAACAUUAAAUUCCUUUAUUUUUGUUACCAUUACAGACCAAGAGAUGAUACACAACAACACACAUGUAGCCAUGACAAUGAAUUAAUGAAAUCUGCUUGGAAUGAUGGAGUGUACAAAACAUGGACCAAUAAUGU